UGAAAAUCCUCUGCCAUAACAUUGAGAACCAGUGUUAUUGGAUGCAACUGCAACACUAAACAGAUGACAUGGUCAUAGAGUAGAAAUGGGGAUUGACUUAUAUGAAGUUGACAUCCGGUCACUCAACCCUAUGAGGUGGCUGACAGAUGCUGUUAUAGAUGUUGUAGCAAGAAGAAUGAAAGAACAAAUCCCCUCAAAGAAUGUGUACAUCUUAGAAACAUUCUUUGCACAGAAAUUGCUUGUCAAAGGAAAGCUCAACCGUAGACCCCUGGACAUGACAGGAUGUAAUUACUUGGGGGUGGAAAAUGUCCUUGCUGCUUUAGAUGUGGAUUUAGAGAAAGGAGCCAUCCUCAUUGUACCAAUCAGUAACAUGGUUCAUUGGUAUUUGGCUGUGUUAUGUGCAGAGUCACGGUCCAUUUACUUUCUCUGUUCCAUGAAUGGACGAUAUGAAAAUGAGGGGGCAUCAUUGAAAGUAUAUUUUGAAAAGGAACUGGAGAAGUGUGGCAUUGUGGACAAAGUUGAGGUGGAGCAUAAAAAAGUUCCACAACAGAGGAAUAGUUUUGACUGUGGGGUAUUUCUCCUUUCCUAUAUCAGAAACAUUCUUCAGAACCAGUCAAUUGCAGAUGUUGAGAAUACCACAAUAUUGAUCAGGAACGAGGUGUCGAAUUUGUGCUUGUCAAAAUAAAGUUAGAAAUUAUAGAAACUACCUAAUGCAAGGCGAAGAUAAUGAACAGUGAUCAAUCUCA